AUGGAGGACGGAGAUGUUUACGAUCUGGACAAUGAAGAUGAAUUCCUCCCACCAACAGCAACAAUAUCUGGGUUUGGUGUGGACCACGUCAGGCAGCAGUUUGAUCAAGAUAUUGAUGAAGCACGAAAAUUCUCAAUACAGAGUCUUGAUGAAGCUGAGAGGAACAGACAACGGGCACAAUUUGUGCUUGCCCGAGCGACAGAAUGGGAUAAGACGACAUGGGAAGGUCAGAACUUUUUGCAUUAUCUUGCCUACGACCACAAUCCUAAGCCAUCGAUUAGUUUGCAGUGGCUCAUGGCACGAGCCAUCGUGAAGCUACCGCACUUGAUGGGCAGAAUGGACAAAGCGAAUCGCACGCCGCUCACAACCGCCCUCUAUGUAGGCAACGAGAGAUUCAGUCAUGCGGUAUGCAACAACGUGGGGUCAAAGACACGCGAACGAAUCAAACCAGAGCUACUGAAUGAAUGCAAGCCUCACGAUAAUGAUCGUGAAGUCACAUGUCUACAUACUGCCUUGACUUGUGAUUUUAGUACCGAGGAGCAGAGAGAGAAAAUCGUCAAAAGCAUUUGCAGUUUUGUUCCUGAAGAGUUGUUCAGAAUCACUGAUCAUAGAGGUCGUACACCUUUGCACCUGGCUGUAGAGUAUGAGAGGUGCUGUAAGACACAAGUUGGCAUUGUCGAAGAAUUGCUCCUCCGAGGAUCACAGGCGUUAGAUGUCGAUAUCUUGACAUAUAAUCGCACUUACUCAGUUUACCAGUAUCACGAAAGUACCCGGAAGGUGGUACAAAGAAGGUUCGAUCAAACGCCCGCGAGAGAAACAAGAGGGGACAAGCUCAAGCUAUCUGAUACGAAAUCAGAUCCAAAGAGGGCCCCUUCUAAGCUUGAAAUUGGUGCAAUGGGACCCUCGUCACUGUCUGGAGACAAAGAAGGCCCCGCUAGUUCUUUGAAAAGAAGAGAUUCGAUUACUACUACGUCUAGAGACCGCGGUGGUUAUAAAUUACAAUUGGAUACACAAGUGGUGUCCUCUCCACUUCGGGGGUCGCCAAUCGAUUCCGCACAAAACACAGUAAGGGCGGCGGCUCUCCAAAAGGAAGAGGAGCGGGCACAAGCUGCUAAGCUAAUUAGUGAGCAACUGAAGCUUUUAUAUCUUCGGACCCAAAGGCCGGAUCGUGCUUCUCGUUGUCUGCGCCUACAAGACGAACAAGUAGAUAAGGAGCUGUGGUUUGACUUUGGUCCACCAAAGAAGCUUAGAAAAAACGAAUUCCAGAAACAAUUCGGUCAUCUAAAGCUGGAUAGUGUGCUUCAAUACGUGGCAUUUCCUCAAAUCGAGUUGAUUGAGGAUGAUGACGGCCCAACUACAAGGCGCAAGACUAGGACGGAUUUGAUAUUCUUUUUCAAUUGGCUGAAACAGAAAGGGGUGAAACGCAUUGUUAAGGUUAUUGUGGACGAUUUGAAAAUUCCAUCACAUAGUGAUGAAGCUAUAGAAGAAGCAUUGGAGUCAUUUAAUGUUGAGAUACUCGACUGGCGAAGAUUGGAUCUUGACCCCGUAUCGCUUACUCGAGUUGGGAAGUGUUUACGAGAACUUCAUCUCCAAUGGAGUGGUAAGAAUACCACCUUACGGGCGUGGUCAGAAAAAGACGGUUUGGCUAUGAUCCCCACGUUGGAGACAAUUAGUGUCACCCAAGUUGAGAGCUCUGAAUCCGAUACAAGAGUCAACAGUAACUUCAAUGACUUUGUGAAACGAGUUCAUGAGUCUUGGCGAUCUGACAAGCAACCUAUGAUAAAUGGCCCAAUUCCCGCUCACAACUAUCUCCUCGGAAUGGGUAUUCUUACAAGAGAAGGGCAGCUCAACCAUAGCCAAGAACGCGGUGUUGAUCCACACAAGUGGAUGCAGUGCAUGGAACAAUUUAAUUCUAAUUUCAGGCAGAUCCGUGCCCUGAGAGACAAGAUAACUGAUGCAUCACUAACACCUGUGGUGGUGGCUUUGAUAGACGACGGGACAGACAUCAUGCAUCCAGAUCUGAAGGGUAUGGGAUUCCCGGGCAAGAGCUUCCACCACUAUCGAGAAGGCUCAACAUGGCGUGUAUCUCCAUACUGGGACUCUCCGUCUGGCCACGGAACGUUGAUGGCUAGAUUGAUUCAUCGCAUUUGCCCGAGCGCCAUUAUUCACGUUAUCAAGCUGCAGACUUUUGCAACUGAGGGCUCAACGAAGCUUCAAAUCAAUCCCGACAGUGCGGUACAAGCGAUAAAUUAUGCGGCGGAGCAAGGUGCUCAGAUCAUUUCCAUGUCAUGGACAAUCAAGCCACCGAUAGAACCAACUAAGAAGGCAGACUUUGAUCAUGCAAUCAACAACGCCCUCAAUAUUAAAGGCCUCCUCAUGUUUUGUGCUGCUAGCGACCAGGGAAAGUCUGCCGACCUGAUGUAUCCGCACGGCAGCAACCCCAAUAGCUUCAGGAUCGGCGCUGCGAAAGCCACAGGCAGCAUGCUUGACACGGUUGGCGAUGCGCACGAGCUCAGCUUCAUUUUCCCGGGUCACGAGGUUGUGAUUGACCACAACUAUCAAGAUGUGCAAGACAAAACAUUUCAGAAAUUCGAAGCUCAUUCUGGUAGCUCGGUGGCAACUGCGCUGGCAACUGGUUUGGCUGCGCUGGUCAUGGAGUGUGUUAGGUUGGGUAUCAUGCAUACUAAUGAGACGAAUCAGAGUGAUCAUACUGUUGCAAUAACGAAAGAAGACUUGACGAAGAUACGAGAACGGCAGCAGAUGGAACAUGCGCUGACGUCGAUUGGUACUAGCCAUCUUACGAAGAACAAGUACAUUGAGGUUUGGAAGACGUUUAGCGGUGCCGCGGAGGAUUUGAAGAAUAGUGAGGGCGAUAGAAUAGGGCAACUGGGGAGAAUUGCGGGUUUAGCGAGGAUGUUUCUUAGAAAGGGCGCUUGA